AUGGAUGCCAAAGAGAUUGAGGCCAAGGCGAAAGCCUUGACCAAGGCCGCUACGCAGAAUGAGCCCGCGCCCACGAUUCUCAACAUGCUCAAGGAGAUCCAACAAGGUGUCAAGGCGACUGAGGACCUGUUGCGACAGACCCGUAUCGGUAUCAUUGUCAACAAAUUCAAGCAACACAAGUCCCCCGAGGUGGCACGGCUAUCGAGUGAGAUUGUCUCAAAGUGGCGGGUUGAGGUCAGCAAGCAGAAGCAGGGCGGCGCAUCAGCAGCGAGUCGCGGCUCGAGUUCGCCUCGACCAGCACAGAAUGGCACCGGCACAUCCACACCCGCGGCAGCGACCCCGUCCGAUAAGGCGUCCAAAUUGUCCGUGCCGCCAGACAAGCGCACAUGGAAGGCCGAUGGGGUGGACACGGCUGUGACGGGGAACCGAGUGCGCGACAGCUGCACGGGAUUGAUGUACGAUGGAUUGUGUCUGGGCUCGACCGAGUCGCCCAAGACCGUGGUCGCCAAGGCAUCUGCCGUUGAGAAUGCGGCAUUCAAGCUGCUGGGCCCGGAGACUAAGGAGCAAUACCGGACCAAGAUACGCAGUUUGUUCCAGAACUUGAAGAACAAGUCGAACCCGAACUUGCGUACCCGCGUGCUUGCGGGCGAUAUCACUCCGGAUGAUUUCGUGCGGAUGACCUCGGAUGAGCUGCGGUCUGCAGAGCAACGCGAAGCCGAUGCUAAGAUCAAGAAGUUGAACAUGGACAAGGCUAUGGUGGGUCAGCCUGAGCGCAGUAUCAGUACUAGCUUGCAGUGCGGCAAGUGUGGCCAGCGUAAGGUGACCUACACCGAGGCGCAGACUCGCGCUGCUGAUGAGCCGAUGACUCUGUUCUGUACGUGUUUGAACUGCGGCAAGUCCUGGCGCCAGUGA